AUGACUUUAUUUGUUAUCCUUCAAAUUACCGUUCGUUUAACACUGAAAAUGAACUAUGCUGUUCAUGAAGUUCACUCCGUAUAUGCGCUUUAUUUUCUUUAUUUUUUAGUAAAACGAUUUUGUUCAAAAAUGAAGGGAAAGGCAAAAACUUGUCUGAAAGCAAUAAAAGUUAGUCCUUCUGCUAAAAGUAUUAUAAUGAAGCCCACCAUAUGCAAAGGAUCUGAGGGUGUAAUCAAAGAAAGAAAGCCUGCAAGAAAAAGCAAAAGUGGAUCGCAGUGCGCAGCUAUGCGAAGAACUCCCGUUGGGGGAAAAAGGGAAGCAAAACAAUUUAGCGCUUACAAAUAUAUUUUCCACAAUGUGGUGUGUGAUUUGUUAUCGCUUAUUGGGUGA